AUGUCCGCUUUCCAGUCAGUUCCCUCCUUCAUAUCCCACAAUUUCGGGGGGGGGAGGAAGCCAGCUAACCAAACCCUCCAGACAUCCCUCGACAAAACCGGCUCCGAUGCCAUGAACCAAGCAGGCGACUACUCAGCCGCCUACUGCAUCCUCAAAACCGACGGUGCCCACAGUGGCCACGGGAUGACCUUCACCAUUGGCCGCGGAAACGACAUUGUCUGCCAUGCGAUCGAGCAAGUGGCCCAGCGUGUUGCCAACCGCUCGCUAGAAAGCCUGACAGCAGACAUGGGCAAGACGUGGCGGUGGCUGGUAUCGGAUUCGCAAUUGCGCUGGAUCGGGCCUGAGAAGGGAGUUAUCCACCUUGCCUUGGGAGCGGUCGUGAACGCGCUUUGGGAUCUUUGGUCCAAAGAGGUUGGGAAGCCGUUGUGGAGGUUGGUGGCGGAUAUGUCACCAGAGGAGCUUGUUAGGUGCAUUGAUUUCAGGUACAUCACCGAUGCGAUUACGCCCGAGGAGGCGGUUACUAUGUUGAAGGAGGGUGAGAGUGGGAAAGAGGGGAGGAUUCGGGAUGCUUUGAAGGACAGGGCAGUGCCGGCGUAUACUACCUCUGCCGGUAUGCUCCUUCCGCAGGGUUUAUUGGUCGAGGGCUAAUUUUGGUGUAGGGUGGUUGGGAUACGGCGAUGAUAAGAUGAGGAGCCUUCUGCAUGAGACGUUGGCACAGGGAUAUAAACAUUUUAAAAUUAAGGUUGGAGGAAGCGUAGAAGAGGAUAGGAGGAGGCUGAGAAUCGCUCGUGAGGUUAUUGGAUACGAUAAAGGAAAUGUUCUCAUGGUCGAUGCGAAUCAGGAUUGUCCCACGUUGUCUAUUGACAGGAAAAUCAAAACUGACUAUUUCUAGGUCUGGUCUGUCCCGGAAGCAGUUCACCACAUGAACCAACUCGCAGAAUUCAAGCCUUGGUAGAUAUCCUUCAGCCAUCAUACAGGUCAAUGUGUGGUUCUAAUAGAUCCAGGUUCAUUGAGGAGCCCACCUCCCCGGACGACAUCCUAGGCCACGCCUCGAUCCGAAAAGCCCUGAAACCCCAUGCCAUCGGCGUCGCCACCGGUGAAAUGUGUCAAAACCGUGUAAUAUUCAAGCAGCUCCUGCAGGCCCAGGCAAUUGACAUCUGCCAAAUCGACGCCUGCAGAAUGGGCGGUGUCAACGAAGUCCUAGCGGUCCUACUUAUGGCGAAGAAGUUUGGCGUCCCCAUCGUCCCACACUCCGGCGGCGUGGGGCUCCCUGAGUACACACAGCACUUGAGCACGAUUGACUAUGUGGUGGUUAGUGGCAAGUUGUCACUGUUGGAGUAUGUGGACCACCUGCACGAGCACUUCUUGCACCCGAGUGUUAUUAAGGAGGGGUAUUAUGUUACUCCUACAAAUCCGGGUUACUCUGUCGAGAUGAAGGAGAGUGCUUUCGCGAAGUUUGGCUUUCCGUCGGGGGAGUUUUGGAAGUCGGAGGAGGCUCAGCCUAUCCUCAACCAUUUAUCUAAAUAGAUUAUGAGAGGCCAGGUAGUCGCGGGGUGUCAUGGUAAAAGCUGGAUUAACUCAAUCUAAACACCCCCAUCACCUUC